CCCCUCCUCCCGGCCCCUGGGCCCCGCCUCCUGACCCCUCCAGUCCUUGUCCCCGUAGUAAUCCCCUCCGGUUUUCCUCAGUCUCCGCGUACGUCCCCGAGGGCGCGUCCCAAAACCCGGAUAACCGGAGCGCUCCCCAUGGACUCCACGGAGGGCUCGCCCGCGGAGGAGCGGCCUGCGCAUGCUCCAUCGCCGGGGAAGUUUGGUGAGCGGCCUCCACCUAAACGACUUACUAGAGAAGCUAUGCGAAAUUAUUUAAAAGAACGAGGGGAUCAGACAGUACUCAUUCUUCAUGCAAAAGUUGCACAGAAGUCUUAUGGAAAUGAAAAACGCUUUUUUUGCCCUCCUCCUUGUGUGUAUCUUAUGGGCAGUGGUUGGAAGAAAAAAAAAGAACAAAUGGAACGAGAUGGUUGCUCGGAACAAGAGUCUCAACCUUGUGCAUUUAUUGGAAUAGGAAAUAGUGACCAAGAAAUGCAGCAGCUGAACUUGGAAGGGAAGAACUACUGCACAGCCAAAACAUUGUACAUAUCUGAUUCAGACAAGAGAAAACACUUCAUGCUGUCUGUAAAGAUGUUCUAUGGCAACAGCGAUGACAUUGGCGUGUUCCUCAGCAAGCGGAUAAAAGUCAUCUCUAAACCUUCCAAAAAGAAGCAGUCAUUGAAAAAUGCUGACUUGUGCAUUGCCUCAGGAACAAAGGUGGCUUUGUUUAAUCGGCUUCGGUCCCAGACAGUUAGUACCAGAUACCUGCACGUAGAAGGGGGAAACUUCCAUGCUAGUUCACAGCAGUGGGGAGCAUUUUAUAUUCAUCUCUUGGAUGACGAUGAGUCAGAAGGAGAGGAGUUCACAGUCCGAGAUGGCUACAUCCACUACGGACAGACGGUCAAACUCGUGUGUUCAGUCACUGGCAUGGCACUCCCACGAUUGAUAAUUAGAAAAGUUGAUAAGCAGACAGCAUUACUGGAUGCAGACGACCCUGUAUCACAACUCCACAAAUGUGCAUUUUACCUUAAGGAUACAGAAAGAAUGUACUUGUGCCUUUCUCAAGAAAGAAUAAUUCAAUUUCAGGCCACUCCAUGUCCGAAAGAACCGAAUAAAGAAAUGAUCAAUGACGGCGCUUCGUGGACAAUCAUUAGCACAGAUAAGGCAGAGUACACGUUCUAUGAGGGCAUGGGCCCUGUCCUUGCCCCAGUCACUCCCGUGCCCGUCGUGGAAAGUCUCCAGUUGAAUGGCGGCGGGGACGUAGCGAUGCUUGAACUUACAGGACAGAACUUCACUCCAAAUUUACGAGUGUGGUUUGGGGAUGUAGAAGCGGAAACAAUGUACAGAUGUGGGGAGAGCAUGCUCUGUGUGGUCCCAGACAUUUCUGCAUUCCGAGAAGGUUGGAGAUGGGUCCGGCAGCCCGUCCAGGUUCCAGUAACUUUGGUCCGUAAUGAUGGAAUCAUUUAUUCCACAAGCCUUACCUUUACCUACACACCAGAACCAGGGCCGAGGCCACACUGCAGUGCAGCAGGAGCAAUCCUCAGAGCCAACUCAAGCCAAGUGCCCACCAAUGAGUCAAACACAAACAGCGAGGGAAGUUACACGAACGCCAGCACAAAUUCUACCAGUGUCACAUCGUCCACAGCAACCGUGGUGUCCUAACAGCCGUCUCUUUGCUAGGACUUAAACUGACUUGAAUGCGGCAAAAAGUUGACAAAAAAAAAAAAGAAGAAAAAGAAAAAAAGAAGGCAAGGAUAAAAUGAACAGUCUUUUGUGUUUCUUGGAAAACUUUUCAUACCAGGUGAUCUAUCCCAAACCCGUUACCUGCAAGUGCUGAUGUGAAAUGCAGAAGCCACAGUAAAACGAAAAACAUCAAAAUGUACAAACGGUUGGAAAUCAAGGUUUUCAGCUGCAUCUCUCUCUCUCUCUCUCUCUCUCUCUCUCUCUCUCUCUCUCUCUC